AUGAAGUGUAGCAAGGUUGGUUGUUCAUGGAUGAUCCAUGCAGUUGCUAUAGAUUCUUCACUUUAUGUUUUUAAGAUCAAAAAGUAUGUUGGAAGGCAUACAUGUGGUGUUGGGUUAAAGUUGAGGAGCCCUCCUUUAACAAAGAAACUUAUUAACCACCUUAUUCAUAAUAAGCUUAUGUAUAUUGUUUGCUCUUUAGUAGGUUGUUAUCCUUUGACAUAUGCUUUGGUUUCGGGAGAGACUAUUGAAUGUCGGCACUGGUUUAUGAAGAAUCUUGAGAAAUUUGUUGAUAGUCGUGCAAUCACCUUUUUUUCUGAUCGCUACGAAGGUCUAUUACGAGCUAUUCCUGCGGUUUUUCCUAAUUCUCAUCACAACUACUGUUACUACCACCUCAAGAAAAACAUGUCCAUCAAAAAAUUUGAUGAGAAGUAUAAUGAGGUUGUGGCCAGUUAUAAGAAGGCUAUGUAUGCCCUUGCUCCAGCAAGGUACGAAGAAGCACUCGGGGAAAUGAAAAUCAUGGGAAGGGCUUGGGUUGCAACCUAUUUACGUAAUAUUCCCCCGAAACACUGGAGUAGUGCAUUUUUACCUGGUUGUAGGUUUGUCCAGACAUCUUCAAGUGUAGCCGAGUCAUUUAAUAAUUGGGUUCGAGAUGAAAGGAAGUUUCCUGCCUGUCCCCUUGUUGACACAAUCAGGCGACACAUUAUGGAUCUAAUGUCAAAGAGGCGCGAAGAAAGCUUUUUGAUGGACCCUGAAAAACUCACUCCUACUUAUGAAGCUUUGCUCGAAGAACAUAUCCAAAUGGGUCGAGUCUGUAAUGUUAGUCAGUCUGAUCACAACAUAUACGAAGUGCAUUCUCCGAGGUCUCACUGUGUUGAUCUGAAGAGGAUGACUUUCACCUGUCAAAGAUGGAGUGUGUAUGGUUUUCCAUGUUCACAUGCCACAGAUGCGAUAUCUGCAAAAGGCGACAAUUAA